UCUCCCUCUCCGAACAGAACCGAGUGAUUCCGCAAAUAUACGAGCUGCGUCCGAGCAAGCAGCCAUAAUUGGGAUUAUUCAGGAAUAAUUCGCUCAAUCCAGUCGCCUUGCCCUGUGUUCUUUUUCCACUCCUUCGUCGGUGUUCACCAUUUCGACGUCGUUGGCGAUGUGAAUCUACAUUCGCCUGUUUUGAUGGUGUCAUGGACGAGACGUCUUUUUGUAUGUAUUCUGGAAUGUAAAAGCUUCGCUGGGGAGGAAAACAAAGGCUGCAUUUGAACUGUUGCGAGGAAAUCCAUCGGCCUUUUUCCCCACAGAAAGAUGGAGAAAGAGACGUAUGGAGGCGCUUGUCUGUGUGGACUGAUUGUUCCGGUGCCAGUAGCCCAAAUACACGUCAAGACCAUUCAUUUAGGGGCCGCACGGUCGUUUUCCCCCCUCUCUCCGCCGUCUGUGGGUGGGUUUUUAUAAGCAUUGAAAAUCUGACAUCAUUUGGAUAAAUGAACAGAAGAAGAUAGUUUUCAUUUGUCCUCUGGAGAGCCACCUUCGACAUGAUGCAGCACAGACUGUUUACACGACCGAUGCUCAAAUGAAACAGUGGAUAUAUCUUUUUUUUUUCUUUUCGUCGCCAUUCACCUUUUAAAUGUGGCUCACUAUCUUCAUCCCGGAUUGUCUGAUCAGCUGUUGUGUCUUCUGGAGGUGUUGUGUUGAUCAUAUGUUCCGAUUCCCUUUGGAUGGAUUAAUGCAUAACAGGUGUUGCUGAAUGCUGAGAGCACAACAUGAGGCUAUAUUAUGUGCUCUUCUCUCCGUGCGAGCAACGGUGAGACAAAGCGACUCAUAUUUUUGAUGGUGGUUUUUUUUCUUGCACAAACGAGGGGAUGCAAGGUGGCGAGGUCGUGGACAAAGAGGAAAGAUGAGUCUGACGUGUAGAAAAGGCCUCCUCUUGUAAAAGCGAGCCGAGGCGAGCAGACGACGGCUGUAAGAGGAUCAGUAGAGCUUAUAGAGGGCCCCGAGCAGGCACGCCCGUGUGGAGGCUGAUAGAAUGGCCAACCAGAGCUUUGCCAUCGACGGCCCGGGCAGUUUACUGGCUGUGCUGGCCUCACAGAGCGGCCUGGCCAGAGGAGGCAGCAGCAGCGAUAGCAGCACCAGCGGAGGAAUCUCGGCCACAGACGUGUCUGCAUACUUUAAGUUAGUCUUCUUGGGGUUGAUCAUCUGUGUCAGCCUGGUGGGCAACCUCUUGGUCUCCAUGUUGGUCCUACGAGACCGGACACUUCACAAGGCCCCAUAUUUCUUCCUCCUGGAUCUGUGCCUGGCCGAUGCGGUCCGCUCGGCCGCGUGCUUCCCCUUCGUGCUGGUGUCGGUGCACAACAGCUCGGCGUGGACCUACAGCACCUUGAGCUGCAAAGUUGUGGCGUUCAUGGCCGUGCUCUUUUGUUUUCAUGCUGCCUUCAUGCUCUUUUGUGUGGCUGUCACACGCUACCUUGCCAUCGCCCACCACAGGUUCUACGCCAAGCGCAUGACCAUCUGGACCUGCGCCGCCAUCAUUUGCAUGGUGUGGACUUUGGCGGUCGCCAUGGCGUUCCCACCCGUCUUUGACGUGGGAACCUACAAGUUCAUCCGUGAUGAGGAUCAGUGCAUUUUUGAACACCGCUACCUGAAGACCAACGACACCCUGGGCUUCAUGCUCAUGUUGGCCGUGGUGGUCCUGGCCACGCACGGCUUCUACGCCAAACUGCUGCUCUUCGAGUACAGGCACCGUAAAAUGAAACCGGUCCAGCUCGUGCCAGCUAUCAGCCAGAACUGGACCUUCCACGGUCCCGGUGCCACGGGCCAAGCCGCAGCUAAUUGGAUCGCAGGGUUCGGUCGAGGCCCGAUGCCGCCCACUCUGCUGGGGAUCAGGCAGAACCUACACAAUCAACACCGGCGGCUGCUGGGGAUGGAUGAGGUGAGGUCUGAGAGGAGGCUGGGCCGCAUGUUCUACACCAUCACCCUGCUCUUCCUGGUCCUGUGGGCUCCCUACAUCAUGGCGUGCUUCUGGAGGGUGUUUGUCAAGUCGUGCAGCAUCCCUCAAAAGUACCUCUCCAUCACUGUGUGGAUGAGCUUCGCUCAGGCUGGAGUCAACCCCAUCUUCUGUCUCCUGCUCAACGAGGAUCUGAGAAAAGUGCUGCGAGCACACCUGCCCACCUACUGGAGGACUAAACAACAUCUGCCCCAGGACGAGGCCUACUGCAUCAUGUGAGGACCUUCACCAGGAGAAUGUCAUUUGCAGAUGAGAAGAAGAAUAUAGUUUGUGUCUUUUGUUGUUUUGCGCAACAAAAAACCCCAAUUUUUGCCAACAAGCGCAGGCACGGUGCCAUUUCCAAAAGAAUGUCGAUAUUUGUCUGUCAGAGGUUUGGACGGGGCACCAGAUCACCCCUCACAACUCUAGAAUGUUUGUACUUCUGAUGAUGGAUGGGUAGGUCAGCUCACCCCUGAAAGUGAGACGGAUGCCAUUUUUAAUAUGAUGUUGCCUUAUUUUAGAGGGACACAAUUCCGUGUCUGUGUCACUUGAGGCACAAAACUGAGCAUUAAAAUGGCUGCAGAUGCUAAAUCAAAUGUUCCGAUCAGCACGUUACAGACUUGAAACACAUCAUAAGGAACUCAACAGAGUCUGAAAGGAUGGAGCGACCGCCUCGGACUCCUUUUCAUGUCAUUCAAAGGAGACCACCGAAUAUUGAAUGGGCACGGAUUUCUUUGGAUACAUUUAAAUAGCAGCGAUGAACCCACAAGGCCCCUAAUAUGCUUACGUUUUUUUGGACUUCAUUUAGGGUGCGUUUGAUUUCUUUGUAUCAUAACAAAAAAAUGCCUGUUUUCCUUUAUUUGUAAACGAUUCAUGGUAAGCAGAUGACACUAUUUUGAAAUAUGACUUGAUUUCAUAUUGUAUGGACUGUACAGGAACGUAUAUUCCUGUUUGUGUGUUUUUAUAUCGCAUUUGUGAGUAGGUGUGCGAGGGGAAGCCUGCACUGAAGUCGCUACGUCGGUGCUGCUGCGAUGUCAUAAUUACACGUUGACCAUGUUUGGAUGGGAACAACACCGAUGUGGUCAUCCCAGUCAUGCCAUGGGAGUGAGGGGGAAUAAAAGAGGGCUAGAUGAUGUGAAAAAGUCAACAUGAAAUGAAAUAUCCUUGUGGUGUCCUAUUACACAAGCCAUCAAAUGGAAAUGGAAAUCUUCAGUAGAAAAGAAAAUGCUAAAUACAAGUGGCUAAUACAAAUAGAGUGAUUAGAAAAUGCUACAAACAGACCACAUGAAGUAGUUAAUGGUUAUGUACAUUGUCAUUUUAAAAGAACAUCAAAGAGGCACUUAUUAGCAGAUUGAUGAUGCUGGGGAAUGUUUUUAAAGUAAUGUUAUGCUCUCACCGUGAUACCAAGAAUUCAGAAAAUAAGUGAUUCCCAAUCUGGAGGAAUAUUAAAUGUCCACUCAUGUGCCCCUCCAACGUCAACCAUUUGCGUGUCUGGAUGGAUCACAUCCCCCCCCCUUCAACAGUCUCCAAAGCUGGAACAACAGCUGCAUUGAGUCGUCUCUUCAAAUUAAGAUGUGUGCAAUGCAGUACAUUAGGCAUAGAUAAAUGUGUGCAGUCAAUCUUGAAUGUGGACACUUGCACUGCAUUAGCAUGUAUUCCACUGCAUUUCAGAUUCAAGACAAGGGGGUGGGGGGGUUUGGAGCUAACUUGUACAGAUGUCGAUAUGGAAGUCCAAGUGAAAAGUGAACUGAGGUCUGUGAUUUUUACGUCUGGCAUUGCUUUGCGAGAUGAUAUUCUGUAACUGUACAGUUCAGCUGAGGUGGCUCUUUUGCCCACUCAUCAAUAAAGACUCUACUUUUGAUGCAUUCCGAGUUAUGUGGUGCCUGGGAGGCGAGACGGCCGUGCCACUGCAGGGCAUAUUUCACUUGAAAUAGACAAACAAAAAAAUGGAUGGUAUGAGGUGAAUUUGUAUCGUCACUAUUCUGAGGGAUGUAACAUAACGUCGAUUUUAGACACGGCUGCCACACAGGGAGGGGCCUGGCUUCAAAUCUUCAGAUCUGUGUGGAGUUUACAUGUUCUCCGUGUUUACCUCCAAAUAUGUGUAUGUUCG